CGAAAAGAGCUGUUAGUUACGUUACUUUACUCAUAAGAGAAUGCGAGGCUGGAGCCCUGUGGAGAGUAGAGUAAAGUACUCUAGAGUAAGUAUGGGGCCUGGUUAACUUCAUACUUGAUCUGGAUAGAAAGAAAAGAGAAAAAAGGCGGUUUGGAUCUUCGAAGAUGAAGUCAACAGCAGUCAGCCUGACGUCACGACAAAUGGGACCUCGACCCCCUCUAUGUAACUGUAGCUGGUCAAGAAGUCCACGAGCUCUAGAGACCUAGACAUAUAAUAAGUGUCUUGGGAUUCAUCGUUGAGUUCGGACCAGAUCCAUUAUCAGAAAAACAAAAGCGUUUGGAUACAAUCCGAUAUCAUACUCUUUACUACGAAUUGAACCUCGUUUGCUGCAUUUCAUUUAUCUGACGAACUACGACGAUUAUAAUCCUACCACAAUGAGCGAGUUCCGCAACAUCGAAUCUCUCAACAACAAGCAGGGCGAGUUCAAGCCCGGUGUUAAACCCUCGGUUCCUGGACCUGAGACCAAGGGUCUUGGAGUGAAGGCCUCCCCAGCAGACUACGCCCCUGAAUUCCACGCACAGGUCCUCCCCCCUGGCACUGCUCCUGCCAGCAGCUCCUACCAGCCUAACCCCAUCAACGAGACUCCCGGCCAGGCAAACAACGAGGACACACUCCGGGGCCACGGAAAGGAGUCUACCUACACGGCGGCUAACUCGAUGCCCGGUGCGACGUCAAAGGAUGUCCACCGGGGUCUGGGUCACCCUGGUGUAGGCGAGACUAACACUGAGAUCCGCCAUGAUGGCCAGCACCACCGGAAGCAUGUCGGACAGGGCUUGGAAGGCGUUGGAGCCUCGAGACCCAAGAUGCCCGACGAGGGUGCUCGGCCGGACCAGCGUGGUAUUGAGAGAGAAGAAGCUCGUGGUGGUCAGCACGGUAACAAGGGCGCCCUGGCUGCAGAGGACAAGCAGCCUGAGCCCGCGGAGACCAUCGCCGCCGAGUGGCAUUACGAGCCAGGAACGAAGAGGAACCAUGACUACAAUCAGCGCUACCGAUAAAUGCAUUCAUGACGGAGAGAAGGCGCAGGAUGUGGCUAUCGGUUAUGUAUAAUUAGUUGUUUUGCGAUUGUUCACAUGGGUAUCAUAGGAUCUGCUUGAUGCAUGAUCCCUACAUAA